AUGUCUGCCCCUGAACAGGUCCAGCUGGAUAAUUUCCCCACCAUCUUCUCCCUGGAGGGAAAGGUUGCCCUCGUCACUGGAGGCUCUCGCGGUCUAGGUCUGCACACUGCCAGUGGUCUCCUCCAAUCGGGCUGUUCCAAGGUCUACAUCACCUCGCGCAAGGCAUCUGCCUGCGCCGAAGCCGUUGCGGCCCUAAAUGCGCUCCCCAACAAACCCCCGCACGCCACCGCCAUCGCUGUCCCCGCCGACAACUCUAAUAUGGAGGAGCUAGACCGGCUCGUCGCAGAGGUCUCCAAGACCACCUCUCAUCUCGACAUCCUCUUCGCCAACGCCGGUGCAACAUGGGGCGAGAAGUUUGAUACCUACCCAGAGGACAAGUUUAGCAAGGUCAUGGACCUGAAUGUGAAGAGCGUCUUCUACACCAUCCAAAAGUUCACUCCCCUGCUGACGGCACGGGCCACCCAAGAUGACCCGUCGCGUGUUAUCGUAACUGGCUCGACUGCAGGCAUUACACUGGGCAGCCUAGGCCCCAGUGCAACCUUCAGUUACUCUGCCUCCAAGGCAGCUGUGAUGCAUCUCGUCCGGAACCUGGCCGUCGAUUUGGGGCCCCGACACAUCCUGUGUAAUGCCAUUGCGCCAGGAUUCUUCCCGUCCAAGAUGGCCAAUGGCCUGAUCAAGAUCAAGGGAGGACUGGAGGAUCUGGAACGGAGGUCACCAAACGGAAGGCUGGGCAGGAAGGAGGACAUUGCGGGCUUGGUGGUCUUUCUGGCCAGUCGGGCAGCAAGCCACAUGAAUGGAGCUGUGAUUCCCAUCGAUGGGGGGAACCAUCUGGCGCGAUUGUAA